AUGGAGACGCCGCACCCUCCCACGUCUCCACCAGCAGACUCGUGGUGGCCCUUCAUCCAAGCCACAGCCUUUCCGUUGGUGGGAGUCGUGCUAGCCAACGUCAUGGCCUUCUCGCCCGUACCCACAUUUGUCAACAUCCUUUCCACAGGCACACUAGGACCCACAGACCCGAUGCCCAUCGUCAUCAUGUUUGGCUCUGCGAUGCAUACGUUCGUCUAUUCGCUCGCCAUUCGCAAUCCCUACAUGUACGCCAGCAACGCACCGGCUGUAUGCGCCGUAGGCUUCUCGUUCAUGUGCAUCCUCCGCGCCAAGGAUCUGCCUACGGCGCAGAUUGCUACCAUCCUCACGGUUGCGCUAGGAAGCAUCGCGAUUGUCAUUAUCAACUUGGGGCUCAAGGAGAUUGUGCAGGUGGCUUGGUCAUACAAGCUGUUAGGCGUCACAUUCAACGUCUACCAGUACCUCUUCUUCCUCUUCCCUCUUGCGCAGCUCCGCACCAUCAUCGUCAACAAGGACGCCUCGCCACUCGUGCCCCUCCUCGUUACGUCGGUCACAGUCAAUGGCGCCAUCUGGUCCGUGUACGGUGCAGCCAUCAAUGACUGGUUCAUUGCCGGACCCAACGUUGCGGCCACGAUGGUCGGAGUAGCUCAACUGCUCCUCCUAGCCAGAUUUGGCAGGGCAGAGGCCAAGAAGCUGGAGCGCAAACAGCAACAACAGGCGGAGCAGCGCGAGCAACAAGAGAAUGGGGAUGGUUAUCGGGAUGAGGAGGAAGGAGAGGGUGAGGGUGGGAAUGACCGUGAGGAUGGGCAGAGACAAGAUCGACAAAACGGCCAAUCAUCCUCGUCAUCAUAG